AUGGCUAGUCAACAACGACAAUAUUCAUCGCGAUAUCCAAAUCUAUUAGUUACAGUUAAACAUGAUACAGAAGAAAGAUCGGUAACCGACACUUAUUCAAAUCCACGUGCACGUCGUUCAAAAGAUAAGUACCGUCCAUUCUCUUUUCAACCGAAAAACAUUUAUUACAAUAGUAAUCAUCGACAUCAACAGCAACAAUAUUUCACUCGUCCAUCACAUACAUCACCAAGUCGCCAACAGCAACAAUAUUAUAACAAUUAUAAUCGCGUACAUUAUCAUUACCAGCAUCAACCCAUUCGACCAUUAAUGGAAAUCAAAAAUGACCUAUUUUCAUCUCAUCAUGAUUUAAACGGUGAUGAUGGCGAUAAUGAUAUGACUUAUCAUACAUUCAAACAAAGAGAACCUAAACAACGCGGUCAAUAUCGUAAUCGCAAAGCUGAAUUAGAUUGGGAUCAUGCGUUUGAUUUAGAUCUUAUUGAUUUAUAUACAACACAUAUUGACAGCGAUAGUCAUUCAUUGACAAGUACAAUCAGUUUAAGCGAUCACUCAUUUACUUCUGUCUAA